UCCGCGCGCCACUUCCGUUUCUGGAACCUACCAUCUGCUAUGAUACAUGUAAACACCCGACUGUACAACAUCCACCGCCUCCACCAUUCUGCGGCACACGGGCUUUGAGGAGUUGUUCCACGGCUCCCAGAUGGCCGCCUCCAUCAACAGCUGCGUGCUUCUUCUGGAUCUCCCCGAAAAAGCACUUGCCGGCAUUGACCUACUAUCGUUUACAACCUCGCCGAGGUUCAGAGGCGUCAAAAAUUUGCCCCCCGGCUUGCACUUCAUCUUCGCAGCCAGUGAUAACGCCUUGUCGGUACGCCACGGAGCAUGGUUCUACGUGUCACCUGGCACCGGCUCACCACAGGUUUUUGUCAAGAGAUGGGAUGGCCGUACUGAGGAUCUGGUCGCCGAAACGUCGCAGACGGAGGUGCUGAGAGAGAAAGCAAACCUGGGGAGUAUAUGGAAAGACGGCCUGACCCCGUACCGCCAGACCGUGCAAGAGGGAGGCUCCGGCGCAGAAGGCGACUUCCAGGAAGAAUCGCAGGACUGGGACGACCUCACGUCGAGAAUCACACAAACCUUGUUGUCGCGCAUAUGCGGCCUCCAUCCCGAUCAUUGGAGCUUAACAUCUGCCUCGGCUGGUCUGAUGGAUCUGGAGUCCAUCCCAGGGCUGGAGUCAAGCAGCUCAACAAUACACCCAGAGAAAGAACUCAACUUUCUACCCAUCGACUUGAGGCGGACGUGGAGAGUCGGAGCGACCGGGCGCGAACGGACCGAAGCUGCGCAAGAUAGAUCUUGGUAUCUAGGAGAUCUGAUUGACAACCACAGCCAAGCAGGCGACAAGCGCCGACGAGAGUUUGAAGUGCUUGGGGAGCUGCAGUUUGCCUUCCUAAUGGUUCUUACGCUAAACAACAACUCCUGUCUGGAGCAAUGGAAGAGGAUCUUGGCACUGCUGUUUACCUGCCGUCAAGCGAUCAAAGAGCGGUCUCAGCUGUUCCUCGAACUGCUGCAGACUUUGCGCUUCCAGUUAAACCAUUGCGCUGAUAUGGAUGGUUUCUUCGACAUGAAUGAGGCCGGAGGGGGGUUUUUGCAUCCUCUGCUCAAAAAAUUUCGAAGCAAUCUUGACGAAUUUGACGGGAAAUGGAAGUCAGACAUGAUGGAUGAACUGGACGAGCUCGAGGAUCAUCUGCAGAAACAGUUUGGUUGGGAGCGCGGCGAUUCUUUUGUCAAACGCGGAAUGCUGGAUCUCGAGGACGGCGAGCGCGUUGAGAUGGACGUCAACGAUGCCGACGAGGACGACGAGUCUGGCGACUACGCUCCGACAGUCGUCGAACUGACGCCAGCCCAGCUUAAGGAGCUGAACGGAGGCGAUGUCGGCUACAAGACGAACAAGGCCGAGGAAUCGGAGGAAGAGGCUGACCUCGACGACAUGGAUGAGCGGUACUGACUCCACACCGGUGAGCAAGACAGGACUCUUACACGAGCGCCACUUCCAGUCGCUCGCACUAUGUUCUUGUCGAUCAAUACAAAACGCACAUUCACCGCAGUAUUACCCACCUACAGUACAUUGAGCCUGUCAUGCCCUGUCGCAAAAAUAGCUGGCGCGUGCUGCUGCAGCGGCGCUAACACGCAUGUAAACUUAUGCUGCAGAUCAUCAUGGUCAGCACAGCCUUGCAAUGGCAAAGCCACAACAAAUCCAUGCGUGAUCGCUGAGCGAG